CAGACAAGGUGGAGCCCGGCGGGCCCGCGAGUCCGAGACGUGUCCCAGGAGCUGCAGCGCACGUGACCUGCCACUGCCUCCCGCCGCCUCCUGCCCGCGCCAUGACCCAGCCGGUGCCCCGGCUUUCCGUGCCCGCCGCGCUGGCCCUGGGCUCAGCCGCGCUGGGCGCCGCCUUCGCCACUGGCCUCUUCCUGGGAAGGCGGAGCCCGCCAUGGCGAGGCCGGCAAGAGCAGUGCCUGCUUCCCCCCGAGGACAGUCCUCUGUGGCAGUAUCUUCUGAGCCGCUCCAUGCGGGAGCACCCGGCGCUGCGAAGCCUGAGGCUGCUGACCCUGGAGCAGCCGCAGGGGGAUUCCAUGAUGACCUGCGAGCAGGCCCAGCUCUUGGCCAACCUGGCGCGGCUCAUCCAGGCCAAGAAGGCGCUGGACCUGGGCACCUUCACGGGCUACUCUGCCCUGGCCCUGGCCCUGGCGCUGCCCGCUGACGGGCGCGUGGUGACCUGCGAGGUGGAAGCGCAGCCCCCGGAGCUGGGGCGGCCCCUGUGGAGGCAGGCCGAGGCGGAGCACAAGAUCGACCUCCGGCUGAAGCCCGCCCUGGAGACCCUGGACGAACUGCUGGCGGCAGGCGAGGCCGGAACCUUCGACGUGGCCGUGGUGGAUGCGGACAAGGAGAACUGCGCUGCCUAUUACGAGCGCUGCCUGCAGCUGCUGCGACCCGGAGGCAUCCUCGCCGUCCUCAGAGUGAUGCCACUUCUGCUGGCGGCUUGCUCAUGUCUUCACAGCACAGUCAGCUCCCCAGCCUCACCUCUCCAGUGGAGGCCCUGGUGGGGGAACAUCACCUCUGAGAGCCAGUUAUCCCCAGAAGCCUGCAUGUCACUUCCUCAGCCUGUCAGCUGACCUACUAGUGCUGGCCACCAGAGGGCGCUUGGAAGUAUCUGAGACACCAGAAGGACUGGGUUACCAUUCUAGGUAAGGCACCAAGUCACAGAGAAAUGUUUUAAUAACAAGUUCAAAGUGUUCUAGAAUAUACAAUAAUGUUGAGUACACUAUCCAGAUGAAAAGAGACUAGAGACAUAAUCAUAAUUAGAUCCUAGAAAGGAAAACCUACAAUAAAGACACAUUUGGGGAUGGGGGUAAAUCUGAAUAUAUAUUUGGUAUUACAUUAAUGUUAGUUUUCUUAGAUGCGACAAUGGUAUUGUGCUUAUAAAGAAAAAUGUCUUACUCUUAGGAUACACAUGCUAGGGGCUGCCGUGUCUGUAUGUCUGCAAAACAUACAGUUUUUUUAAAAAAGUAUGUGAAGUUUCAGAGACAUAAAAUAAAUGUAGUAAAUUUUAACAACUGGUCAACAUAGGGUAAGGGUAUAUGAUGUUCACUGUACCAUUCUUCCAACUUUUCUUUAGGUUUCAAAAUCGCCAAAAUAAACUUUGGGGAGGAAAAUCCCUAUUUGGAGGGGGGAAAGUCCCCAGUACUUUAACCAGACUCCAAGAUGAGUCAUGUGCACUGUGAAGUUGGAGAAAUGCUGCUCUAGACACAGCAUGCUUCAAAAUAUUAUAUAAAGUCAACAAGACUAUAGACAGAACCAAAGCAAUGAGUGAACUUUUAUCAACAAAAUAAAAAUUACUUUUAUUUUAGAGAGAAAGAGAGAAAGGAAAGAAGGAAGGGAGGGAGGGAAAGAAAGGAAAAGAAAGAAAGAAAGGAAAAGAAAGGGGAAGGAAGGAAGGAAGGAAGGAAGGAAGGGAGGAAGUUGUGGCAAAAGGUAAACAUGUAUUUAUUGUACUCUUCUUUCAACUCUUCUGUGUGCUUGAAAGGUCUGAAAAAUAAGCUGAAGAAUGAAAACUAAAUUUUUUUAAUACUAUCAAAACAAUCCUACUUUAUCAAGAAUACUUACCAGGCCUCAGAGUCUGAGUGUAGCCUACUCCAAUUAAGCUAGAGUUGUUGACUUUUGCCUAAAAUAAAAUUCAAAAACAACUGUAAGAAAAAUAUUUCAAUAGGGACAAAACCCGUACAUGUUUCCCCAUCAUGUAGUGUUCAGUUUUAUUCAUAUGAGACAAUAAAAUUCAUUAUGUAUUAAGACAAACAGAAAUCAGGUACUACUUAAUUCGUAUCCAUUCAACUCAAAAAUCAAAUUGUCAGUAGGACACAAUACUCCUGAUAGCCACUGGAAUGUAUCCAAAGACCCCAAACUGUAGGUACAGUACAAGAGCCUAAGCACUCUCAUAAAAAUCAUCUUUGUCGAUUCUAGUCUAGCACAACAAAACCAGACCAAAUGUGGUACAAAUCGGGCUCACUAGAGGUGACACACAGCAGCCUUAAAGUGCAGGGUAUAAAGUUUAAAUUCAUGACUUAGUUACACACAUGUAAACUUUCCUACUUUCAGGACGCUUCCUAAAGAACCAAAACCAUCAAUGUUAAAAAAAAAAAAAUCUCCAAACAAGUAAUUCCUCUGAAGAAUCAGAUCAAACAUUCUCACACCUCUCAUGAAUGCCAGUGCCGCUGAGUUCUGGCUGUUUGUAACCACUGUGCUUGGGAGGAGAUCCCAGUGAGGUAUCAUGUACCAAUCCAGGCCCCUGCCUUCCUUGCACAAUCCUAACAUUUCAGGACUUACAGACUUCAAGGGCUGGAAGGAACCCUGAAGAGUAAGACAUAGUAAGGAGUAGAUUCCUUCUAGUUCCAUUCUCUACCACCCCUAACAUUAUGAAGCCACACCAGAGGCCAGGAACACCUCCCUUCAUUUCCAGGGUGUAGGUUGCCUAGACACGCAACUUUGCUUUGCUUUCAGCAUUCUGAGGGCUACUGUAUAAAGGUAACAAACAGCCUAUGUGACCAAAACAGAUCUCCAAAUGAUUUGAUGUCUAUAGUCUUAUAAUGUGUAACAUCCAAAGAGCCCAAUCCAGAGAAAGAAAUGAUGUAACUAUACAGACACAAACCACAUCCACAACACCUGUAUUCACUUGGCACUACAGCCAAAUAUUCAUGAGCUACCAAUGACCAUCUAAAACAAAAAACAGGCCUGGUGCAGUGGCUGACACCAGUAAUCCCACCACUUUGGGGGCCAAGGCGGGAGAUCAAUUGAGCCCAGGAAUUCAACAACAGCCUGAGCAACACAGUGAGACCCCUGUCUGUCUGUACAAAAUUUUUCUAGUUUGGCAUGAUGGUGCACACCUACCCAACUAUCGGGGAAGCGGGGGUGAGAUGGAAGGAUCUCUUGAGCCCAGGUAGCUGAGGGUACAGUGAGCUGUGGUUGCACUAGUGAACUCCAGCCUAGGCAACACAAAGCAAAAAAAAAGAAAAAGAAAAACAAAAAAAAAAACCUCACUAAUGACCAUCCUAUGCCCUACAAAUAAGAGCCUCAGACAGCUGAACAGACAUUCCUAAUAUUGGCCGGGCACAGUGGUUCAUGCCUGUAAUCCCAGCACUUUGGGAGGCCAAGGUGGGCAGAUCACAAGGUCAGGAGAUUGAGACCAUCCUGGCUAACACGGUGAAACCCCGUCUCUACU